AUGCAAUUCACAUUUCUACUAUCGACCAUCAUUUUGACAUUAAUUUCAUUAGUAAUAUCAAAAAAGAAUUUUUAUCAAAUAUUAGGUGUGGAUAAAUCAGCAUCAGAUAAAGAAAUAAAAUCAGCAUAUAGGCAAUUAACAUUGAAAUACCAUCCAGAUAAGAACCAGGGGGAUGAAGAAGCUCAUGAUAAAUUUAUAGAAAUUGGUGAAGCAUAUGAAGUAUUAAGUGAUAAACAAAAGAGAAAAAAUUAUGAUCAAUUUGGUGAUCCAAAUGGUCAACCACAAAAUCAACAAUUUGAUUUUGGUGAUAUGUUUGGACAAUUUUUUGGUGGUGCAGGCGGUCAUGGAGGCAGACGUCAACAAGUCCCCAAAGGUUCAGAUACUUCAACUGAUAUUCAUUUAUCAUUAAAGGAUUUUUAUAGAGGUAAAUUAGUUUCAUUUGAUGUUAUUAUGCAAAAUAAAUGUGAUACAUGUGAAGCAACAGGAUCAAAAGAUAAAAAGACACAUCAAUGUGAGAAAUGUCAUGGAUCAGGACAAAUUACUGUACAACAUCAAUUAGCACCGGGAUUUUCUCAACAAAUUAGAAUGGUUUGUGAUUCAUGUCAAGGACAAGGUAAAAAAAUAACAAAUCCAUGUUCCACAUGUAAAGGAUCAGGAGUAACUAGAGGUCAAAGACAUUAUGAUAUACAUUUAGAACCGGGACAAAAAAGAGAUAGUUUUAGAAAAUUAGAAGGGGAAGGAGAUCAAUCACCAAAUUGGAUUGCAGGAGAUUUAAUUAUCAAUUUUAGAGAAAAAUUUGAUGAAAGUUGGGGUUAUAGAAGAAUACAAGAUAAUUUAUAUCGUACUGAAGUUAUAACAUUAAAUGAAUCAUUAAAUGGUGGAUGGGAGAGAAGGAUACAAUUUUUUGGAGAAGAUGAAGAUUCAGAAAUUGAUCAUGAAAUUAUACUAAAACGAGCAAAAGGGGAAGUUAUAAUUGAUGGACAAAUUGAAAUUCAAAAAGGUAAAGGUAUGCCGAUACUAAAUGAUCAUGAUGAAGAAGAUAAAUUUGGUGAUUUAUUUAUUGAAUAUAAAGUAUUAAUACCUGGUGGUGUUGAAUCCACGAAAAAGAACGAAAUCAAAAAAGAUGAAUUAUAG